GUGACAUCAAUGAAUUGAUAGCUUAUGGGGCUGGAUAUCUAGAUUCAAUCAAUCAAAGGAUAUUCCUCUCUUGACUUCAUUGGCAUCUAUCUCUUCUAUUGGUGUGUUCCAGACUCCAGAGGAGUGAGGAUACCAUAUUUUCAUCUCCUCAAUAAUAAUAAUCCUACUCUCCAGGACUUGAAAGUAUCUUGGAAAAUGAACACCCUUCGAGCGUUUUGGAACAGCCCAAUUGGCCCAAAGACUACUCAUUUUUGGGGUCCUACCUUCAAUUGGAGUCUUCCACUUGCGGCGGCAAUGGACACAAAGAAACCGCCAGAAGCGAUUUCUGUCAAUAUGACUGCAGUGAUGUGCAUUUAUUCGGCGCUAUUCAUGAGGUUUGCUUGGGUGGUACGGCCACGUAACUUGCAUCUUCUUGCGUGUCAUGUUUCCAAUGAAACUGUGCAACUCUACCAGCUUUCUAGGUGGAUCAGAGCUCAACGGGGCUAUGAUCAGAAAAAGGAGGAAGCUGCAGGUGAAGAGUAACACAUAUUUGUACCAUGAGUUGUAGGUCGUUUUCAUAUAAAAAUAUGUCAUUUUAUGAUUCUCUACCAUUUUCUCUUUUGAUUUGUCUUGUUUUGUGGCUUGCCCACAUCGCAAAAGUACUCAAUGAUAAUUGAUGUGUGACAAAAAUAUUGAUCUAUGUUUUAGAAGUAACUUUACUUAUGGUGAAA